AUGUUCAUGAUGUUAGUCGUAGAAGAUGAGGCGAACAAUGAAGUUAUCACUGACAAGGUUCUUGUUUCCUCUGUUCCUGCUUUAUCGCUCUUUGACUCUGGAGCUUCCCAUUGUUUCUUGUCUCAUCGAUUUACGAGUGCCCACUCUCUUCCUAUAGCUCCUCUGACUACGGGCUGGAAUAUCAACAUGGGCAGUGGUGUCUUAGUAGCAUCUAGUGGUUAUGAAGCAUGCCCUGUGGUCAUCUGUGGGAGGGAACUCUUCGUAGAUUUUCUGGUGAUAGAUUUGCCAAGCUUUGAUGUAGUUUUUGGGAUGGAUUGGUUAGGGUUGUUCUUUGCCACCAUUGAUUGUCGUCGUCGGAGCGUAGUAUUCGAGAUACCGGAUCACCCGAGGUUUGAAUUCCUCAGUGGCAGUACAUCGGCUGGACCGAUAGAGUACAAAGCUAGACCGAAGAAGGCGACGUUUGCUGCCAUGCAGGUGGAACCCAAGAAGCCAAUUGUAGUUCGGGAAUUUGAAUAUGUAUUUCUCGACGACAUUUACGGGUUGCCACCAGAUCGAGCAAUUGAGUUUUCCAUAGAAUUGAAGCCUAGAACUGCUCCGAUCUCCAAGACUCCUUAUCGUAUGCCUCUAGCUGAGUUGGCCGAGCUACAGACUCAGUUGGAUGAUCUUUUGUAG